UUUAUAUAAAUAAUUUUGAAUCAAAUAAUCUUGUUUUCCUGUCUUUUUUGUCUGAAAUUUGUUUUCACAACAAGAAAAAAAAAUAACGACAAUCAAUGAUGUUAUCCUAUGAAAUUGUUACAUUAUUUUUAUUUUUAUUAUUGACAGCUAUAGUGGAUAUUGGUCAUGCUGAUCAUAAUGAAUCACUUACCAUCACCGAAUCGACUGUUGCCAUUAGUGAUGUAUGUCAAUCAAAACAAUGUUCAUGUAUGAAUUUAACAUCAGAUGUCUAUAAUCAAUAUUAUCAUCAUGUUGAUUGUUCACAUCAUCAUCUCACCAAAAUACCAUUAUCGCAUACAUUACCACCAAAAACAAGACAUUUGGAUUUAUCGAUGAAUAAUAUAACCAUUGUAGAUAAAUUCGAAUCAAUCGAUUGUUUGGUUCGCCUUUCAUUGGCUAUUAAUGGUUUAAAAAAAAUUGAUUCAUUUGCUUUUGAACAAUUGCCUAAACUUGUAACACUUGAUCUGAGUUAUAAUGAAUUGGAAGAAAUUCCAUCAACAUUAUUACAAGGUCUUAGUGAUUUACAAUUUCUUAAUAUAUCCAAUAAUCGUCUUAAAUUUAUACCGGUGGAAUUAUUCAAAACAAAUGGUUAUCUACAUGAAUUGAAUAUGGCUCAUAAUCCAAUCAGUUUCAUACAACCGGAUACAUUUUCCUAUCUAGGACAAUUGGAAAUAUUAAACCUAGCACAAAAUAGUUUCUAUUCAAUUGCAAUUGGUAUGUUUCAACGAUUAGAAAAGCUUGAAAUUCUUGAUCUUUCAGGCAACGAAUUACAAUCCGUUCCAACGGAUGCAUUACAUUUGGUGAAACGAUUACAAGCUCUUGAUCUAAGUGAGAAUCCUAUCCGUGUAUUGAAUAUGGCAUCAUUUUACAAAUUUGAAUCGUUAUUGGAAUUAUCAUUGAAUAAGAUGCCGAAAUUGGUUCGUAUUGAGAAACAAACAUUUUCUACAUUGAAAAAUCUUCAACGUUUAAGCAUUGAAGAUAAUCCACAUCUAUCGACUAUCGAUGAGAAUGCUUUCAUGGGAAUGUUUGAUCGUCAAUCGAUUUCUAUCAAAUAUGUUAACCUACGACGUAAUCAGCUAAAUCGAUUAUCAGAAAAGACACUCCCAUUUUGUAACCUAACAUAUUUGGAUCUACGCCAGAACCCAUGGAAUUGUGAUUGUAAUCUUCGAUGGAUGCACUAUUGUCAUGGAUCUACUGAAUUCGAAAAUGAUAUCAUAUGUUCAACACCGGAACAAUAUUCGGGUCAGGAAUUGGUGGCAAUUAAACCUGACAGUAUGCGUUGUAAAAUCAGCCGUAAUAAUGACAGUCAUUAUCUUUUCUUGUUAUGCGUAUUUUUCAUGACCGGUAUAUUCAUAUCGAUAUUUAUGUUAAUUUUCCGUGAAAAAUUGAUUCAAAUGUACGGAAAACGUAAUCGUACGAAUGAAGGAUCAAUAUAUUAUGUUCGAGCACAAUCCGAACAAGUAGAAUGAAUGAUCAUCAUAUUUUUUCUUGUUAUUCCAAUUGUUUUGACUAUUACCAAAUCGGCAGAAUUUUUUUCCAAAAUAAAAUAUCCAUUUUAUUACAA